GCUAUAGUUAUCCUGAUGAUCCAUACAUUCUACAAGGGUCGUGUGGGCUUGAGUACACGCUUUAUUAUAAAGACAAUUGGAGAAACGAUCGAAGCUAUCAAUGAGCGCUCGUUGUUUUAUUUUGAAUCUGUAGUGGAAUCAAUAGUUUGUUCUGUUUUUAAAAAAAUUUGUAUUUUAAAUAGACCAAAUAAUAAUCAAUAUCAAAAUUUUUGGCCGGGAGGUGGCGGCGGCGGAUUUUACCCCAGAUAUGACUCGUUUGAUCAAUAUUCAUCACAAUCAGGAAAUACGCAUCAAAAUUUUUGGACAGGAUUAGGGUUGGGUGCACUUGGAGGGUAUUUCCUGGGUAGGAAUAGUGAAUCACAACGACCCAGAUCUAGAACUACUAUUUUCACAUCACCUUCAUCUAGUAGAUCUUCAUCUAGUAGAUCUUCUAAUAUGACUAAUUCUCAAG